UAUUUUCUUUUCCUUUGGUAAUUAACUUUUGUGAGUUAAAUCGAUCAUGACGUCUGUUGAGGUUGAGGUUCCUUCUCAAUAUCCUGCGGAUGCCGUUUUUAAGGUUUUCUGUGAUUUUGAUAAUCUCGCGCCUAAGGUAAACCCUGAAGUUUUCAAGUCUAUUGAGACGAUAGAAGGAAAUGGAGACGUGGGAACAAUAAAGCUCAUCACAUUUGGUGAAGGUGUCCCGUUCACAAGUGCAAAAUAUAAGGUUGACGCUAUUGAUAAAACCAAUUAUAGCUAUAACUACACAUUUUUCGAAGGUGAUAACUUGAUGGGCAUAUUAGACUCCAUCUCUAGUCAAGUGAAGAUUGUGCCGGCCGCUGAUGGAGGAUGUGUGAACAAGCAAACGAUCACUUAUAACUGCAAAGGUGAAGACAAGCCAUCCGAAGAGAUUCUUAAAAAAGAGAAAGAAAUAUAUGAGACUACUUACAAGGCCAUGGAGGCGUAUGCGGCUGCUCAUCCUGAAGCUUACAAGUAACUACGUACAUCGAUCACUCUGUGUGUUUUCGUAUACUUUGAAAUCGUCCUUUGGUUUGUAUGUUUGUAUCAUUUCCUAAUCUUACUAUGUGUUGAAUAAUGGACAAGGUUCCAGUUGUAUAACUCUUGUAACGUAUACUAUACCCUUUAUAUAUCGAAAAAUAUAGUGACUAUGUUACGUUUUAGGUAAAAUAAAACUAGUAUUAAAGUAAAACAAAUAAAACAAUAGAUUUCUCUUCUCUGAAAAUCAACAUGCAUCAUGAACAUUGUUGUGUAUCAAUUGCUUCAUGAAUUUCUGUGUAUCAAUUUAAUCAUGAUUCAAUUGUUAAAAUCUU